CUUUCAACUUCAACUUCAUCUUUUGAAUUCGUCUGUGAUUAAUUAACCACCAAUUUUAAUGAUUAUGUUUCUCAUGAUAUUGUAUUUUUAAUAGAUAGCCCAAUCUCAUACUUCAGCCGACAUACUCUAACCCAAGCACUUGUGUCGUUCCAUCUAUUUCCGCGAUCGGCGUUAAAUAUAUAUUGAAAACCACCAAAUCAGCUAAUUACAGCGUACGACUACGCUAAGAAUACCAAUAGAGAGAGCCCUAUAGAUAUGGGAAACGCUACAAGCCCCGAAGAGAAGAAAUGGUCACUCGGUAAUUUAUGGAAUCGACAACGAGGACCCGAUUAUGUACCUGUCGAUGAAGCCGAGGACAAUGAGUACACUAGCACAAGGAGAACGGAUUCAACAGAUGGUGCGAGAAGAACCACCCCGAGGAGGCGUCGUUGUCUAUCGAAUCUCACAAGUUGCAGUAUAUGGGGAUUAGUUACACUAGCUUCUAUCUUAUUAAUAACCCUCCUCCUCUCCAUUGCUAGGAGUUUAUGGGGUUUAGAAAACAACCCAGACUUGAUAUUCGGAAAUUGGGGGAAGCCAGGUUCUGGAACAGAAGGGUUGGCCUGGUACCCUACAGAUUUCCUUCGGGAUGUCGUGCCCAUUCGCUGUCAUUCCCACAAUGACUAUUGGCGCACGGUACCGCUCUUCUCAGCCCUUCAUGCCGGCUGUGUUGGAGUUGAAGCAGAUGUUUGGUUGAUGGACGAUGGACCGGUACUCUACGUUGGUCAUGACGAAGCUGCCCUGGCCAUAAAUCGGACGUUCCAGUCACUUUAUAUCAAUCCCUUGGUGGACUUGCUUAAUCGAUCAAAUCCACAAACACAAUUUUAUAAUGAAUCACGGCGCGGCGUUUUCGACUAUGACCCCGAACAGCCAGUCAUCCUGCUGGUGGAUAUAAAAACCGGUGGAAACGUAACUUGGCCGCAUGUUUUAUCUCAAUUAGAGCCCUUGAGGUCAAGGGGAUAUUUGACUUAUUUCAGCGAUGGUGAAGUUCACCAACGCCAAGUCACGGUUGUGGGAACGGGGGCGACGCCAUUCGAUUUAGUUGUCAAAAAUUCGACAUACCGAGACGUGUUUUUCGAUGCACCUCUAGAAAAGAUGUGGGAAGAUCCGGACGAUCCAAAUUCACAGCCUGCAGAAGAAGCAAUGAUGUACAAUGAGACAAACUCAUUUUACGCUAGUACAAGUUUCGUGGAAGCAAUUGGUAUUGGUGUUGGUGGCUUGUCUCAAGAGCAGCUCUACAAAAUUCGCGGCCAAAUUAAAGGCGCCCAUCGGAGAGGACUCAAAGUCCGAUAUUGGGAAACCAUGGGUUGGCCGAUUGGAUGGAGAAAUAUAAUUUGGCACACCUUGAUAGAAGAGGGUAUUGACUUCUUGAAUGUGGAUGAUCUUAAGGGAGCCACCAAGACGGAAUGGUAAAAUAGAUUUUUGGAUUUCAAUACAACGGGCGAAAUAAGCGUUCUAUCACG